AUGGCGGUUCCCGGCUUCAGGACCGCACUGAAGGAAUAUGAGUCGGACAAGGUUAAAGAUAGGGUGUCGGGAGGGGAGAGACUCCGGGAGAUAUUUAGGAACAGGGAGAACCUGCUCGCGUUCCAAGAGCACGCGGGGAACCGGGGUGGAGAGGGAUGGGCGAAUCUCUUUAGGGGGCUAUUCUCGGCGGUGCAUACAGAGAGGAAGGCGGUACUCAAGCGGGGUGCUACCGCGCAGGCGGACAAACGCCUGGCUGAUGCGGUCUCGCUCGUGCGCUGGUUUGCGGAACGGAGCGUACACUACCUCUCUCGAACCCCUCUCCUUAAUAUGGUCCGCCACAUGACAGCUCUGCUCGUUAGCAGCUCGCAGAUCUUCCCUCCGACCGUCCGGGACUACGCCAAGGCGCUUCGGACACUCCUCAGCUAUCCUCCGCACCUCGAGAAUUUGGAGGAGCAGGACUGGAAGCGGCUGAUGAGCAUCUGCUGGGCGGCGGCACUGGGAGACGCGGUAGUGGCGGAUGAACAGUGGGAGGACGAGGGACAUGACGAGCUGGACGAGACGCAAGACAUGGACGACGACAUGCUGGGCGACCCGUCACUCGGCAGUCGACCAAAAGCAGCGGCGAUCAGCCAAGAAGCGACGGAGCUACUCAGCCUCAUCCCCAUUCUCCUCGCAAGCCCGAGAGCUCCCCUCAUUCCUCCCUUACCAGAGAAAGCGCCCCCGGACGCGGCACCGCCAACUCCCCAAAGCCUCGCCUACUCCAUCCUGCUCAAAGUCAUCCGUUUCCUCGAAGGCCGGCCCGCCGAGACUGCCGGGCAUCUCCCGAUCCUCCGGUCCUGCAACAUCAUACUCGUCGAACUUGAGCUCAAUGGCCGGGACGAGCUCGUACAAGCAGGAGUCAAGCUGCUGCCAAAGCUAGUAGCGCUGUGGUCCACGAGGAGCAAAGCGCUACGGGAGCAGCUGCUCAUCGCACUGCGGCUCCUGCUGCCUUGGCUCUGUCACGAGUCGGUAGACGAGCGAUUGAGGGAGGCGGUACAGGAGAGCCUGUCUCGGCUGUCGGAGGCGAUAGGAAAGGAGUCGGCGUUGCGAUGGGGUAUCGAACCGCUCGAUUUGCACUCUCUGCGAAUCGUGCAGUCGGGAGAGAAGGAGGGGAAGCCAUUCAGACUUGGCCCAAUCGAGCCCGGCUUCGACUUCACCCAUGAGAUGGCAUUCGGUUGGACCGUUCAACAACUCUACGCAGAGGUCAUUGCCUAUCUCUACUCCAACUCCAUCUCCGUCAAAGCCGAGCCGCUAUCCACGUCCACCUCGGGACCCAGCACCGGCCGAAGUGCAAAACGGCGAAAAGUCGAAGAUCCCCUCGACACCCUCCUUACCGGCGUUCGCCUCGGCCUGACAGCCAGUCGGCUACUCAAUCUGCAAAUCCUCUCCUUCAUCCUCUGCGAUCACCACUCCCAUAUUCGCGCCCCUGAGCAGGCGCUCAUCCGCGCGACCGUCCUAGAGGGUAUCGAGGCAGAUGACGAGAAUCUCCAAUCUUGGUCGUUCAUCUGCCUAGCGUUCGUCCAAUCCGCCUUCGGUCUCGGUUCCGAUGCCCCGAAGGUUUGGGCAUCAGCCACCAGGAAGACCGCUACACCGGGUGUAUCCCGUGGGGCCAGUCUAUGCGCCUCGACCAUUCUCCAUGCCGGUGUCAUCGGCUCGGACGUGACCACCCGGGAUAUCGGCCACCUCCUUCGGCAGAUCGACGUCCAGGGUCCCCCACAUCCCUACGACUCGGUCUGCCACUUCCUUUCCUCUAUCCUCGAGCUCGCUCAGUCGGAUGUCCGGCUCUACUCGCAGGGCCUCGAGGACAAGGUCAUUGCCUGGCUCGGCAGGCACGAUCUCGUCGACGGUCCUCGAGGACGCUCCAGGAUGGACGCGAGAUCCGCGGCGGACGUACUGCGGCUACUAUGUACCGCUGGAUCGCUGGUCUCAUCUACGGAUGGCAGCUCGGACCCGGCCAAUACGGCUCACCUACCGGAAUGCCCGAUCGUCGAGCGGGUCCUACAAGAGCAACAAACUAGACCAAUCCGCCGAUACGUCCUGUACGGCAAGUACCCCCAACUCGACAAGCCCCGCCCAGCACCUCCAUCCACUGCUUCACCACCUACCACCCAGCCCACGCUGUCGAGCGUGACUGCUCAGAAUGAAACGCCCAAUGAGCAGACCUUCCUCGCAGGCCGUCAGCGGUCAAUUUCGGACCAGCUCAAAGCCCAGAUCCGGCGGGAUCAGCUCGACUGGCUCUCUCAAACCACUACACAAGCGGCAAAGUCACCAGAGCGGGUCCGGAAAUCGCUCGACCUAGCUGUUCUCGCCAUUCUGUACCAGAAUACGCUUCGAGCGAGCGGAAUCGACACGGACGCGGACUGCUUGGUAGCGAUCCGAGAGCUCUUGCUCUGCUUCCGCUCGGAGCUGGCUAGCUCGGGGCAGAUUGCCACCCAGCUUCUCCUCUGGCAGGCAUUCGAGCCAAUCCUGCCAGUGGGGAUGCCAGAACCGGAGGUCUGGCCGAUAACGCUGGCGGUGGAAGGGGCACAGACGUCCGGGAUCAGGUCGGAGCUGCUGCCGCCAGGUAGAGAUGUGCUAGAUGACGGCGGAGAGGGCGGGAAGAGGGAAGCAUUCCUCGUUGCGGCAUGGAGGCUGCCCGAGGUCGGUGAUGCUCUAAAAGAGCUUCUCCUUGUCGCCCGUCAGCUAUCAGACAGUCACUCCUCCCCUACAGCCGCCGCGCCCGGGACUCUCGCAGCCACCCAGCACGUCAAUCACGAUGACGACGACUUUGGCGAAAUUCGUGUCGCCGAGACGGACGCGAUGCCGGUGUCGAAAGAAGCCCUUGAUGGGCAGCGGACCGCCAUCCUCCUCCUCCGCACCGUCAUAACCUUCCGCUUGACCGGCGCCAAGUACCUAUCCCCCUCUCUCACCUGCCCAAAAGACACAAACCUCAUCAACGCCCUCCUCUCAACGGAGGGCAUGCGGAUGCUGCAGCUCGGUCGGGUCAUCUGCGAGGCGGUCCGGAAUCAGCAACUCCGGCUCACAAUCAACGCGGUCGACCUCAUCAUCGGGAUGCUGGAGGAGUCGCUCUCAUCCUACGGAUACUCGCGCGAUGAUGAGCUCUACAUCGUCACUCUUGCCUUCUUUCGCUGCUCGGCGUCGCUCUGGAAUCAGGCCGAGCUGGCAGAGUCGGAGAUGGCGGAGCGGGUCAUGACGAUCGCGCAGGGCAUCGUCAAGAAGGCCACCUACGGCGAGAUCAAGUCAUGGCGCGUUCGCCUUCAUCUCAUCCUCUUCCUCGACGACUACCUCGACUAUGAUCCCAUUUUCUCCCUCUGGAAAUUAUACCUUGAUCAGGACGAUCCCGUACCCGCCCCGCCCAACUUCAUCCGGUAUUAUACCAUGCUCGACCCGGAUCUGCGGAUUCGGGUCCGCGCGGCUACCUCGUGCGCUGCCGUACUCCUCCUACCUGAAAUCACCCUAUCAGACCACCAAUCCCUGUAUAUCGAGGUCAUGCAGGCGCAACCCGCACGGACGCAGGCAUGGAACCUCUUCCUCACCGAUAUCCUAUGGAAGCUGAACUGCUGCAUCAUCAGCGGCCCAACUCGUCCCAUCACCUUGUACCACCUGUAUGAGAUUCCCUGCGCCACCGACGUGUACAAUAUGCAUCUCCAGCGGGGUCUGGAGACCCUCGCCGCUCGGCUCGGUCUUGACUCCCUCGGGGCCUUAUGGGCCGAGUACGCCGGCGCCUUCGGUCCACCGCUUCUUCGGGCCGGCAUCAAGAUGCGCGAUAUCCCGCCUGCCCUUUGCGGCUACGCCGACAAGAAGGAACGCGCCGCGUCGGACCUCCCCAUGCUCGCUCCCUUUCUACUGGGCAAUCGACACCUGGGGCAAUUUGGGGCGUUAUGCCAGGACGCGGGGCAGCCAGAAUCGGAACACGCCCUUCGUCACCUCUAUCCCACGGCGGCUCUCGUCCUCCUUGGCGUUAUCGAUCCCAAUCCCGCGCAGAGUGACAAGGAGAUCAAGGCGGGUCUCGCGGAUGCCAUGUCGAGCGUGCCUUCUGGCAAUCUGCUGAAGAAGGAUCAGCUGGCCAAGGCAUGCGUUUCUAUUGCGGCGUGCUUGGUCGGGAUGCUCAAUCCCGGUGAGAAUAUGCUGGGCCUGGAGGCGGUAUUGCGGAAGACCAAAGGGGCGGACGCAGAUCUACUGCGGCUCGCACCGGACCACGUCGACGUGCCGCUCGAUCUCACCGUCGAGAAGGCUUACACUGCCACCAAUAUCAUCCGCGGCCUCGUCUACCUGGAUCACGUCCAAGCUCCUCUGGAACGGACAGAAGCGUGCUUCAACAUCCUACUCCACCUCUUUGCACGGAUCGAUAAGAUGCACCGCAUCGUCGACCAGGCAUGCCUCCUCGAUCAGCUCGUACUCGUCAUUGCGCUGUAUCCGGAAGCAUUCGCCGAUGGCCGGAUCCUGCAGCUAUUCAUCCUCGAGAUGGUCUCGCUGCUCGACAGGCGGGACAUUUGUCUUGAUGCCCUACGGCUCGUCGAGUGGGGCUUCUCGCAGAUCCCCCGCUCGGACAACAACAAGGAUUUGUCUCGCUUAGCGGACGCUGUCGCUCGGCUGGGGCGGGUUCGGAGACGCGCCCACGAGGAGUUUGGGGCAGAAAUGAAUGCGUGGGUGGAAAGGGAGAGCUCGGGCUGGCGGGAGUCAGCGGUCAUUUCGGGGUGUAUGGACAAGGCGGCCCUACUCUGGCCGGAAGAGAUGCGGCGCCAUCUAGGCACCCUCCCCGACCCCGCUUUCACCGAGGUAGCGGAUCUAGCGGCCGCAGGCGUCUCGAGCGACUCGAUGAUCAUCUGUCAAAGGGUGUCCGAAAUGAUCGCAGUCGGGAACCUGGAUGAGAAUAAGCGGGUCUUUGCGGGCGAGUCGUUCUGGCACCUCAGAUCCGCCCUCUCAGAGAGCAGUCUGACGGCCGACGGCGUGCAGGCCUUUGUCGAUGCGCUGGCGGCGGUAGACGGGGAAGUGGAGGCGGCGGAGCAUGGCCUGACCGGAGAGGAUCUCAAGGUGGUCACCGAUCUCUCGGUCAAGCUGGCGAAGGACCCAACCUCGCUCGUCAGAGCGCUGAUGGUGCUUCACCUCAUGCGCGUGGUGGAUAAGGAGGAUGGGGCGUCCAGGAGCAUGGCCUACCUCGUCUUACGGCAGUUGUCGCCAAAGAUGGGUGGCCUCCUCCAGCGCUCGCAGCUACCUCGGCCCAUCGUCCGGGAGCUUGAGCUGCUGCGCUCUACACUUCCGGACGAGCUCGAAGUGUCAGCUACGUAUACCAUCGGGAGCCUCCAGGACGCCGAGCUCAACUCGGUCGAUCAGCCUGCUGUAUGGCUCCGCGAGCUUUGCAUACGGCUGUGCGACAUCACCGCACGGGACCUUGCCUUCUAUGCCCGACUCCGUCCAUUCGUCCUAUCCCCGACCGCCGAUCUAGGUCCAGUGCUGCCUCUCCUCGUACAGGCUUACUUGGCCAUCUUACCGAUUUUAGAGCGUAAGGCUUCACAAGGUCAGAAGGGAAAGGAGCAGGACAAUGAAAGGGAGAAAAUACAGGCAGCUGUCUCCAAGCGCCAAGCUCCACUCGAAGCCGUCAUUCACGCCGCGCUUAGGAAUCCGGCCGCAGCUGACGGGGUCUUGCAGGCGAUCCUCGAGACAGUCCUUCACCUCCGAUCAUAUCGUCCACCAUAUCGUCCCGAUCCACUCGGAUACAAUCUAUGGCUCAACCUCGACUACCUCCUUCUCGCAGAAGCCGGUGUCAAGGUUGGGUCGUUUGCUACCGCCCUUCUGUUCCUUGAGGUGGGAAAGCUUGAUGUACCGAUGUCAAAGCUGGAACUCUCUGAUCCUCGACUUCAAAAGGUCAUGCUGGAAGUGUACAGCAACGUCAACGACCCGGACGGUUUCUAUGGGGUCAAAAUCAACAACGUGCGGGACUCGCUGCGAAUGCGGCUCAACCAUGAAGGCGAGCAUCUGCGUGCUUUCGGCCUACACGGCGCAGAUCUCGAAUCGUCCAGCCUCGGCUCCGCCCCUUCGUCCCAUCUCUUAGCCUCAGCGCGCGACCUCCACUCUGUCGGCCUACACCGGACCGCAUUGUCCAUCACACAGUCGGUCCGCGGCCAGAUCGAUCAGGCGGCCACAGCUAAUGAUCUCUUGUUUGAGAUUGCAUGGCGGACAGGCGAUUGGGAUCUGCCGAUCCCUCCGUCCAAGCAGAUGAGCUCCGCGGGCGCGUUCUACUCGACGCUCCGGUCGCUCCACCGAAGCCGGGACCAGGAGAGUGUGCGGAUGGCGGUCGAUUCGGCGAUGAAGAGCGAGAUGCUCCGUCUGAAGGAUAUGGGAUCAGAGCGGAUGACGGAGAUACAGCAGGCAGUGGACAGCCUCUUGUCGCUGAGGGAGGUCUCGCUCUGGCUUGGACCGACUGUCCAGCGAGCGCUAGGAGAGGGAGACUACAGAAGUGGGGCGUUGAAGCAGUUCAGCGAGACGGGAUCCUCUGCUCGGUACGUACUCGCAGAGCGGCUACACGCUACACGAAUGUCCAUCCUCUCUGCUGCUCAAUCACGCGAGCGUCGAGACCUCAUCGGCGAUAUGACGAGCCCGCUUCACGAGGGCAUUCGAGAUCUGCAAAUCAAGGCGCACCUCGGCUUCAGCGCAUACUCACGCAUCUCGGGCAAUAUUCAAGCUUCCAUCAAUGCCAUCACGGCUGCCCAGCAAAUCGAAGGAGCGACCAUGUCGAACGCGACGGCGGACGAGUAUGGGGAGGUGCUAUGGGCGCAGCACGAGCAUGGUCUGGCGCUACAGCUGGCGGAGGAGCUACGAGCCGGGCUGGACAUCGGUGUCAAGGCGACUGGAGGGCGGUGUGGCAUCUUGACUGGGAGAAUUGCACAUUGGUCGUACCGGUCAAAGCUCCGUGCGGUCAAGGAGACCGACGAGACAUUCGCCGAAGCGCUCAAGCUUCUCAGAGCGCACAAGACGUCCGAGGCGGAGCUCGCCAAUCUCGCCAAUGACUACGCCAACUUUGCCGCCGAGCAGCAGGCGGCGCAGCGGUCGGCCCCAGAACUCAUCGCCCUACGGACAUAUCGAGAUCGGCGGAUGGUCGAGCUGGCCGAGCUCGAGGCUGAGGAACGCGCCCCACCAGUCGUCCCCUCGGGCAAGCGAAAGAGUACCGGCGGACAGGCAGAUCAGUCGUCCCGGGUCGAUACCGCUCGCGAACAUUCCAAAAAGGCCCUGCAGUUCAAUCUGGAGAACGACAUGAAGUCCAUCAGAGACUAUGAGGACAAGAUCGAUACCCUCACAAAGCACUCCCUGCGGAUGUUUGCGGCCGCGCUGAAAACGUCGGACGGCUUCGACGACUCGCUCAUGAAGAUGUGCUCCAUCUGGCUGGCCCACAGUGACCCAAGCACUGCCGAGGACGAGCGCGCAGCCGAGCGGGCGGACGGAAUCGCCAAACACUUUGAAUCACACCUCGAGCAUAUCCCGUCGAUCAAGCUCGUCCCUGCUGGUCCCCAGCUGGCCGCUCGGCUCUUCGCGCCCAUCGUUCGCAACACAUUUAACGACCAACUCAACAACGCUCUUGCUCGCGUCAGCAGAGACCACCCCUUUCACAUCCUCUAUCAGAUCAUCCCGCUUGCGGAGGGGUGGAAGGUGUCAAGGGGCAAAAAGAGUGGCCCUGCCGUCGCGGGUGGACGGGCGGAGGCGGCGUACGAUAUCCUCACCCUCAACAAGUCAAAUAAUGUCAGCGAUUUCACCCAGCUGGCCACGCGGGACAUGAUCUACUUCACCAAAGUCGCCACGCCCUGGUGCCUGGACCCCGCGCCCCAGGAUCACAAAGGCAGGUCGCCUCCUUCGGUCAAUAUCUCAUCCAGCGAGCCCAUCCGCAAGAUGAGCAACCUCCAUAUCCCAAUCGCCACGCGGAUCCCGCCACUCCGGGCGGAUCUCGACUACUCUACGGUUCCCACGAUCCACCAAUACGGGAGCAGCUACGUCGUCCUCGGGGGCCUGCACAGGCCAAAGAAGAUGAGGGUGGAUGACAGUGCGGGCGGGAUAUACCACGAGCUGUUCAAGGGAGAUGACGAGACCCGGCAGGAUGCUGUGCUGGGUCAGGUAUUUGGGAUCGCCAACAAGAUCCUGGCCGACGACCGUCAGACCAAAACUCGCAACCUCCGUUUCCGGACCUACGUCGUUAUCCCUCUUGCGCACAAGUCGGGUAUCCUCGAAUUUGUCGCCGGACAAAGUAUCGGCGAUUACCUCAAACCGGCGCACGACCGGUACCGUGGGGAAGGAGAUGUCUCGUCCUCACACUUCCGGGCGGCGCUGGUGGCUGUGCAGGAGAAGAAACUUGGGGAUCCCGUCAAGCUGCGGGCGGUAUACGAAAAGUACCUGCCCCUCUUCCCUCCGGUCAUGCGCCACUUCUUUACGGAGAAGCACAAGGAUCCGAUGGGGUGGUUUGCUAUGCGCCUCAACUACUCGAGAUCGCUGGCGGUCACGUCAAUGGUCGGGUGGGUGCUGGGAAUUGGGGAUCGGCAUCUUUCCAACAUCAUGAUCGAUCUGAAGACUGGCGAGUCGAUCCAGAUUGACUUUGGGGUUAUUUUCGAGGCGGGAAUGGCGCUUGCUAUCCCCGAAAAGGUGCCUUUCCGCCUCACACACGACACAGUGGACGGACUGGGUAUCUCCGGCGUUGAGGGCACGUUCCGCCGUUGCUGCGAACAUACCAUCCGGGUCCUUCGCGCGCAUGGCGAUCUCAUCCUCACCGUUCUCGAGGUCUUCAAGCACGAUCCGCUCUAUGCUUGGGAGACAAAGGCGGAGGAGAACGAACGGCUCGCCAAGAUUGCCCGAGGCGUCCAGGUUGAGCUUAACACAUCGGCCAAUAUCCUGGAAAAGGCGGAUAGGGUGUUGGGGAGCGUGCGGCAAAAGUUGGGCGAUAAGCUCAGUGUGGAGUAUACGGUGAAUAUGCUGGUACAGGAGGCGAUGGAUAUCGACAAUCUGGCAACGAUCUAUGUUGGCUGGCACGCCUGGUACUAA